GAAGUGGUCCCAGCGUGAACGAGAAGCCACCAAAUCGGGACAGCAAUAGUGAAUGGCAGUGAGGAAAUCCAACGAAUGAUUUUAAGUAUUUGUAUCCAAGAAUAAAAUUGCGAAAAAAUACACCAGAGCUGAGGACCCAGUCACAGUCCCUGACACUUCUCAUUUGUGUAGAGAUCUUUUAUCUCCUAAAUGUGGGGGCUCGUCAGUACUUGAUUGAGAGUCGUUUUAUCAUGAAGCCCAGAUUAAGUGUUGUCUGCUUAUUCAAAAAGUCACACUUAUUACCUUGAACUUCUGAAAAGGAUUAUGAAAUGAGAUAAAGUGUACGACUGGAGGAGCACUGCCCCAUCCCCCCCACCCCACCCCCCCACCUCCACCUCUUUGAAGCAUGGCAGGCCUACAGCUGGUCACCCCUGCCACUUCACCCAUGGGGCCUUUCUUUGGUCUGCCAUGGCAGCAGGAGGCUAUCCAUGAUAACAUCUAUACACCGAGGAAAUAUCAGGUAGAACUUCUUGAAGCAGCUAUUGAACAUAAUACUAUUGUCUGCUUGAAUACUGGCUCAGGGAAGACCUUUAUUGCAGUACUUCUAACAAAAGAGCUCUCCCACCAAAUCCGUGGACAUUACCAAGAAAAUGCGAAGAGGACCGUUUUUCUGGUUAACACAGCUCUGACUGUGGUUCAGCAGGCCGCUGCAGUCAGGACUCACUCUGACCUCCAGGUGGGAGAGUACAUAGACGUGGAGGAGACGUCAGCAUGGACUGACCAACAAUGGAGUCAAGAGAUAAUCCAGAAUCAGGUGCUGGUCAUGACCUGCCACAUAUUCCUGCACGUUCUAAGGAAGAAAAUCUUACCGUUGUCUAAAAUCAACUUGGUGGUUUUUGAUGAUUGCCACCUGGCCAUCACCGAGCACCCGUACUGUGAGAUAAUGAAGCUGUUUGAUGGCUCCUCAUGCUGUCCUCGUAUCCUGGGUCUCACCGCCUCCAUUCUGAACGGAAAGUGUGACCCGUCAGAGCUGGAGCAGAAGAUCCUGAAUCUGGAGAGGAUUCUGAAGAGCAAUGCCGAGACCGCCACUGACCUGGUGGUUCUGGACAGAUACGCCUCUCAGCCCAGAGAAGUGGUGCUGGACUGCGGCCCCUACCUGGAUAAGAGUGGUCUCUCUCUGUGUCUGCAGGAGGAGCUGGAGGAAGCGCUCCACUUCCUGAAUGACUGCAACAUCUGCGUCACCAGAGAGGACCGGGACCCCACCUUCAUCUCCAAGCAGGUCCUGGGGGACUGCCUGGCUGUGCUCAUGGUUUUGGGGCCCUGGUGUGCCGAUAAGGCCGCUGGCAUCAUGGUGCGCGAGAUCCAGAAGUACAUCAAACACGAGCAGGAGGAGCUCAGCCGCAAGUUCCUGCUCUUCACCGACACCAUCCUGCGCAAGGUGCACGCCCUGUGCGAAGAGCACUUCUCCCCCGCCUCCCUGGACCUCAAGUUCGUCACCCCCAAGGUCCUCCGGCUGCUGGAGAUCCUGCACGAGUACAAGCCCUUUGAGCGGCAGCAGUUCGAAAGUGUCGAGUGGUACAACAACCGCAACCAGGACAACUACGUCUCAUGGAGCGACUCGGAGGAUGAAGAUGAGGACGAGGAGGUGGAGGUCAAAGAGAGGCCUGAAGCCAACUUCCCCUCGCCGUUCACCAACAUCCUGUGUGGGAUCAUUUUCGUGGAGCGGCGCUACACGGCGGUCGUCCUCAACCGACUGAUCAAAGAAGCGGGGAAGCAGGACCCGGAGCUGGCUUACAUCAGCAGCAACUUCAUCACCGGACACAGCAUUGGCAAGAACCAGCCGCGGAACAAGCAGAUGGAGGUGGAGUUCAGGAAGCAAGAGGAGGUUCUUCGCAAGUUCCGCGCUCAUGAAACCAACCUGCUGAUCGCCACCAGCAUCGUGGAGGAGGGCGUGGACAUCCCAAAAUGUAACCUGGUGGUGCGCUUCGACCUGCCCACAGAGUACCGCUCCUACGUCCAGUCCAAAGGCAGAGCGCGAGCCCCCGUCUCCAACUACAUCAUGCUGGCUGACAGCGAGAGGACCAGAGGCUUUGAGGAAGAUCUCACUACCUACAAGUCCAUCGAGAAGAUCUUAAGGAACAAGUGCUCCAAGUCGGUGGAGGUGAGUGAGUACGAGGUGGAUCAGGUUCUGGACGAUGACAACAUCCUCCCGCCAUACGUGCUCCGCUCUGAGGACGGAGGCCCCCGGGUCACCAUCAACACGGCCAUCGGACACAUCAACAGGUAUUGCGCUCGGCUGCCCAGCGACCCUUUCACUCACCUAGCACCCAAGUGUAAAACAGCAGAGAGACCGGACGCACGCUUCCAGUCCACGCUCUACCUACCCAUCAACUCCCCUCUGAGAGUCCCUCUGAAGGGUCCUGUAAUGUUCUGUGCCAGACUGGCAGAGAAAGCAGUUGCUCUUCUGUGUUGUGAGAAACUUCACAAAAUAGGUGAGCUGGAUGAUCACCUGAUGCCGGUGGGAAAGGAGACGGUGAAAUAUGAGGAGGAGUUGGACCUCCACGAUGAAGAGGAGACCAGCGUACCAGGCCGACCCGGCUCCACCAAGAGGAGGCAGUGCUACCCUAAAGCCAUACCUGAGUGUCUGCGGGACAGUUACGCAGUCCCAGAGCAGACGUACUACCUAUACGUGGUUGGGAUGGUGCUCACCACCCCCCUCCCUGAUGAACUCAACUUCCGCAGAAGGAAGCUGUACCCACCGGAGGACACCACCAGGUGCUUCGGCAUCCUGACUGCCAAACCCAUACCUCGAAUCCCCCAUUUCCCGGUGUACACCCGCUCGGGUGAGGUGACCAUCUCCAUCGAGCUGCAGAAGUCCGGCUUCACGCUGACCACCGCCCAGCUGGACCUCAUCACCCGCCUGCACCAGUACAUCUUCUCCCACAUCCUCCGCCUGGAGAAACCUGCACUGGAGUUCAAGCCCACGCUGGCUGACUCGGCCUACUGCGUUCUACCUCUGAAUAUUGUUGAGGACUCCAACACACUAGACAUGGACUUCUCCUUCAUGGAGGAUAUCGAGAGGUCUGAGGCCCGGACCGGCAUUCCUACCACUCAGUACACCAAGCAGAACCCCUUCAGCUUCAAGCUGGAGGACUACCAGGAUGCUGUCAUCAUUCCACGGUAUCGUAACUUUGACCAGCCUCAUCGCUUCUACGUCGCCGACGUGUACACGGACCUGACGCCGCUCAGCAAGUUCCCCUCUCCAGAGUACGAGACGUUUGCUGAGUACUACAAAACCAAGUACAACCUGGACCUGUCCAACCUGAACCAGCCGCUCCUCGAUGUGGACCACACCUCCUCGAGACUGAACCUGUUAACCCCUCGGCACCUGAACCAGAAAGGCAAAGCCCUGCCGCUCAGCAGCGCAGAGAAGAGGAAGGCUAAAUGGGAGAGUCUGCAGAACAAACAGAUCCUGGUCCCAGAGCUGUGUGCCAUCCACCCCAUCCCCGCCUCCCUGUGGAGGAAAGCAGUGUGUCUGCCCAGCAUCCUGUACCGCCUCCACUGCCUGCUGACUGCAGAGGAGCUCCGAGCCCAGACCGCCAGUGAGGCUGGAGUGGGGGCUCAGACCCUCCCCCCCGACUUCAGGUAUCCGAACCUGGACUUUGGCUGGAAGCGGUCCAUCGACAGCAAGACGUUCAUCUCCUGCCCCGACUCCUGCAGUGAUGAUGAUGAUGAUGAUGAUGAUGAUGAGGGUUCCUGUGGGCACCAAGAGACUGAAACCCCUGACCCUAGCUCCCUAACGCAUCCCAGCAGUUCAGUCCCCCCUGAGCCCGAAUCAGCGCCCUGCAUGGUGACCCUAACCAACGGCACUGCCCUCGCCACCGACUGCGAUGAAGACGAGCACCUUCACCAACAGGACGACUGCCAGCGCUCCCGGCCCCGCUCCCCUUUGCCGCAGAGUCCUGAAUCAAUACAAAGCACUACCUCACUUCCUGUGCAGCCCCGCCCUCCCAGCUCCAAGACGCCCAGUUCCAGUCCUCCGCAGCCCAGUGACGAAUGUACAACAGGGAGGGCCUCGAAUACAGCUACCUCAGUCUGCUGCCCACCGGGUCCCGCAGCACCUUCUGAUCAGUACGGAGCCCCGGCAGGAGAAUCCCCCAAAAGCCUGGGGCCCAACCCUGGUCUCAUCCUGCAGGCGCUGACCCUCUCCAACGCCAGCGACGGCUUCAACCUGGAGCGCCUGGAGAUGCUUGGAGACUCUUUCCUCAAACACGCCAUCACCACGUACCUGUUCUGCACCUACCCCGACGCUCACGAGGGCCGCCUCAGCUACAUGCGCAGCAAGAAGGUGAGCAACUGUAACCUGUACCGCCUGGGGAAGAAGAAGGGGCUCCCCAGCAGGAUGGUGGUGUCCAUCUUCGACCCCCCCGUCAACUGGCUGCCCCCCGGAUACGUGGUGAACCAGGACAAGAGCAUCACAGACAUACUGGACUCAGAGGAGGUCAAAGAGGAGCUCCUGGCUAACGGGCAGUCUGGAACUGACUUCGACGAGGACGAUGAGGAGGCUGAGGAGUGUGAGGAGGUGGAGGAGGAGGAGGAGGAGGGGGAGGGGCUGAUCCUGAAGGAAGAGCCGAAGGACGAGGUGAACAUGGAGGACGACCUGGAGUACUACAAGGAGCACAUCAAGUUCAUCGACAACAUGCUGUUAGGGUCGGGGGCGUUUGGCAAGAAGAUCUCUCUGAGCAGCUUCCCCCCCUCCAUCACCCCGGCCACGGCUUCGGCUUCCUCCCCAACAGUGGAGUCCCCAUACGAGUGGAAGCCCCCGAAGAAGCCGCUCCAUCCCACCGCCGCCCACUACCCCCCUGAGCCGGCACCCAGCGGGCCCUCAGCCGAGGAGUUUGACUACAGCUCGUGGGACGCCAUGUGCUACCUGGACCCCAGCAAGGCGGGGGAAGAGGAUGACUUCGUGGUAGGCUUCUGGAACCCGUCGGAGGAGAACUGCGGGGCGGAGCUGGGCAAGCAGUCUAUCUCGUACGACCUGCACACGGAGCAGUGCAUUGCUGACAAGAGCAUCGCCGACUGUGUGGAGGCUCUGCUGGGCUGCUACCUCACCAGUUGUGGAGAGAGAGCCGCACAGAUGUUUCUCUGCUCUCUGGGCCUCAAGGUGUUGCCAUUGGAGAGGGGGGCUCUGACGGGUGGUGUGGUGCCGAGCGGUCAGAUCAACACCUUGGACCUGAACUACGGCUGGUUGAAGAUCCCCCCCCGCUCCCGGCUGGACCAUCAUCCCGACGCCGACGGAACGCUCAACCACCUCAUCUCCGGCUUCGAGAACUUUGAAAGAAAGAUCAACUACACAUUUCAGAACAAGACCUACCUGCUGCAGGCCUUCACACACGCUUCCUACCAUUACAACACCAUCACAGAUUGUUACCAGCGACUGGAGUUCCUCGGCGAUGCAAUUUUAGACUACCUCAUUACAAAGCACCUUUAUGAAGACCCCCGGCAGCACUCUCCGGGCGUGCUGACCGACCUGCGCUCAGCACUCGUCAACAACACCAUCUUUGCCUCUCUGGCCGUCAAGUACGACUACCACAAGUACUUCAAGGCCAUCUCGCCCGAGCUUUUCCACGUCAUCGACGACUUUGUGCAGUUCCAGCUGGAGAAGAACGAGAUGCAAGGCAUGGACUCCGAGCUGCGGCGCUCAGAAGAAGACGAGGAGAAGGAGGAGGACAUCGAGGUCCCGAAGGCCAUGGGGGACAUCUUUGAGUCUCUGGCCGGAGCCAUCUACAUGGACAGCCGAAUGUCUCUGGAGACGGUGUGGCAGGUGUAUUAUCCAAUGAUGAGGCCCCUCAUAGAAAAAUUCUCUGCCAAUGUGCCACGCUCUCCUGUGAGGGAGCUGCUGGAGAUGGAGCCAGAAACUGCCAAGUUCAGCCCUGCGGAGAGGACGUAUGACGGGAAGGUGCGUGUGACAGUGGAGGUCGUGGGGAAGGGCAAGUUCAAAGGUGUCGGCCGCAGCUACCGCAUCGCCAAGUCCGCGGCGGCACGUCGAGCUCUGCGCAGCCUCAAAGCCAAUCAACCUCAGGUCCCAAACAACUGAGCUCCACCUCCGAGCUCCCAGCAUUAGCACCUAAGCUACUGACGCUAACGGAGGAGAAAAUCAACACCGGCUUCCAACAGAGCGCCAGGGGAACACUGUGGAGACGCAGCAGAAGAAGCAGACUGAUCUCAUUACCAUUUCACAGCAGAUCUCUUUUUUUUCCCUCUUUUUUUUUGCGCAAACACAAUCUUUGCUUUCCCUCUCUCAGUGCUUUAUUAACGUUUAGCAGCGUGUUUAAAAGAAGGUCAGGUGGCAUCGUCUGUUCCUCACCGUGUAGUGUUUGGUUAACCUCUAUGCCGAUGAUAUGAUGCUUAUGCUUAUUGUGUAGUAUUAGAUUGUACAUAGUUCAAUCAAAGGUGUAAAUCAAAGUAUGUAGGAAGAAGAACGCUAAACUCCUCAGCCUGUGCACUAGUGCCAGUCAGUUUGACAGCGCUUCUGAGAGCGCUAGCAGCUAACGUGGCUAACAGAUACCACUGGAGCUAAACGCUGGUGGCACCUCUGUCUGAAAUCUGUCUUGAAAUGGUAUUCUUAAUCAUUUUUGCACUUAUUCCAUUAGGGUCUGUUACUUCGAGAAUUGUGUGGUCACAUUGACACCAAAAUCAUAUACGUAGCAAAGUCUAUAAAUAUAUAUAAAAUAAUAAGAUACAUGAAUGAUAUUCUUAGCCUUAGUUGCUAAGCUUCACCCUCAUAUCCUGCAAGACGGAUAGGAAUUCCAACAUUCCCAGUUACUGUAAUUUAAAGUAGUUUAUAAAGCGCACUUGAGGUUGCAUGUUCUUGUAGUUUAUGUAUAAACCAUGACAACUGGAUUGCUUCUAUAAAAGUUCUAGAUCUACGGAUGUAUCUAGAGUGAGAGAGCAACACUCGAUGUAAACGGCAUUACCUUGAUGAUUUGGUUUAACAUGUUUUGAUACCAAGAAUGGAUGGGAUUGAACAUUCUUGCGCACUUAACGUCUUUCCAAGGAUCAUCCAGUUUUGAUACACGAAGAGACAGACGUAUCACACGUUCAAUAUGCUGCAGACUUUUCUAUAUUGGAUACUCGUGUAAGGCUCGCAAUCUUUUCAAAUACAGUCUUUGUGAAGAAGGCCAACUCAUUUCAACACACUAGUGUUCCUCACAUCCCGUACCUACCAAAGCUAAAACAGAUGUGACACUAUGAGGUUGAAGUGGAUUCCUGCGGAGAAGGACACCAGCCUUUUUCUUCUUUUUUUGUCCGUGUGUGUUUUCUGUUCUGACAAAUUUUGCUUCUCGCUAAAUGUCCUUUUCCCUCUCAUCAAUAAGCCCUUUUUUCACUUGAAUACCUCAGUUAAUUGCAUGCAUUUUCUUGUCUUUAUAUAUUUUCUUUUUUUUUUCGGUGCUAUGUUUUUGUAUUAAGCUUGAAUUUCUCAUCUUUUUUUGCACUGUAACUAUAAUACCUCUUUAUUUGACCUUUUUAUUAUUUUGGAAAUCUGUUUGAUUUGGUUGUCCCGUUGGCCAGCCGGCAAGCUGCAGAGGAGAUCUGCGCCAUCACCCACAUCCCCACCCCACCCCCAAACUCCAGGUUGACACGGGGGGGAGAGUAUUUGCUUCCCGUUAUUCACUAGCUUUUCAUUUAAUCAGCUGAAAUCUGCGUUUGAAUUCUGGGUAAACAAACAGAGGAUUGACACAUAGGUAAAUACCUGUAGAGGUAAACAGAUUGCACUCUUUAACAUUUACUCCAAAAUAUAGGCAGAGGGUAAACAUUUAUUUGUGCAUAAAAAGGAGUUUCAAGUUAUAUGUGCCUGUGUGGUUGCUUAACUGAGUAAAAGAGUGGUGCGGGAAUGAGUCCUAAACCUUGGAAAUAAGCAUUUGAGCACAUUAGCUUGUCUAAAAAAAAAGUUUAACGUGCUUUUGGUUAGAUUUCUGAAAUAAGGUCUUUGGUGAACAAAACAUGCAAGUAUAAAUUGUUUGGUUGACACAAAUCAGUUUUUCCCUGCAAUAGUCCAAAAUCCCAUUGCUUUUUGUCAAAGGAGCCCCUGUGAUGCUAACUUCCGAUUAGCCUACAAAAAUACAUCACUGCAUCCCUGUAUAUAGCUAUUACCGAUCAUAAGCACACCUAUGGGUGCUUAUACCUCAAAAUUGUUGAGUAACUGAAACAUAAUGUAGUCUUUUUGCAGUGAUAACUAUACCGCCAGACACAGAACACAUGAGUGGAUGUUCCUCAACACCAAUUAGUGUGUCACGUUUUGAAUAGGAACAAACACAAUUCUGUGCCUUCUCUGCUGCAGAUCAGUGUCAGCAUAGAUAAAUGGAUGAAUCCAAAAGUGAGUAACAGAUUUUAACCAGAGACUAAAGAACUAGAGAUUCUCUGUGAAAAUUUGUGAAAUCCUUCAGUUCCUAUAUUUAAAUCAGUGACCCUCUGAAGCGUUACAGAGUGCAAUCUGUCCUUAUUCCUCAGGUGAACCCAUGAUCAGUGAAUAAAGAGCUGAAGUCAGACUGGUACAGUCAUAAGUGGGUUCAGCAAACUAAUGUGUAGGUCCCAGAUGAUGGGGGGGGUACUAAAAAGAAUGUGAAAUCACCCAUCCGGUGCCACAGCCCUGUAUUUCUGUCUGACUGAUGGAAACUAGGAUCAUAAUUCGUCUUGGCAUCAAUAUCCAGCAGCAUGUUUCUAUUCAGGAGGGAGCAGUGCGAUAGUCAGAACGGACUACGUUUUUCUCGUAAUGGCAAUUUUGUUUUUUUGUAUAUGUAGCACAAUUGAGCAUUGCACUUGGGCGCCAUACUUUACCUCAUGUCAGAGUGAAAGGGAGUGAAAGGUGGAGGGUGAGGAAGACGUGUAUAUAUGAUGUUAGGAGGACUAACUGGUUCAGGCUUGGCUGCCGUGGAUGCUGGUUUUACUCAGAGCUAUUUAAAGAGACAGUAAGGGGCUAGGAGGGGGGUGCUGCAGGGCAUCAUGUGACAAACACACUGUAAGGAGAAUUUCUAAACUUGUAUACUUCCUGUAUCCUGCCUCUAACAGCUGUUUGGUGAGUCCAACUGGCAGGCCCAAUCAUAAAUGGGAUCUUGGUUCAAUUCACUUCGCGAUUCUCCCUUGUUUCUUCUGUGGUGUGUGUGAGUUUGACUGACCUCCCCCAGCCCUUUAUCAGGGACUCAAAGGAAAAAUCCACCCUAAUGUGCUUCUGGACUUCUGGUUAAUGCUGAGCCAUGAUGAUGAGUCUUUAACAUGUUUGUGAAUUCCUUUGUACUGGAGAUCUUUCUCAAACCAUUUAAGCUACUUUUUGGGGAAAUGAGUCCAAUUGUUCAAAUUCUAAAUUUGCAACAGUACAUGCCUUAUACUCCUGCAGGCAGCAUUAAAAAAAAAAGCAAACUUUAUAGAAAUGUUUGGACUUCUCUUUAAUCUGUUAUGUUUAAGUGCAAAUGUCUCAGAAGCAGGACAUGGACCCAGAAUCUGACACUGUGUUUCUGUAUCGAGUCACAUACAGUUCAUUGUAUUAAUACAUUUAUCAUACCUAUUUCUGUUCUGCAGCUCUGAAAAAAUGUAUUGCAACAGGAAGUUCGGUGUGUCCCUCAAGUGAAGAGGAGUAGCUGUAAAAUACUAGCAGUAAUUGAAAUACACAAGUAUACCUCAAAGUUUAACUCUGAUUGUUCUUCAGCCCAGCUGGUGGCAGUUUCCUUAGCUGCUGAUCAGACACGGAAAGGAUGUCAUACUGGUGCAAAAUGAUAAGAACCCUUCUGUUAAAAGCUAAUACAAAUCGUAGAAAAUCAUAGAUGGUUACCUGAAGAACAACUUCCUUUCUCAACAACGUGUCACUCAUCUCUGAGAGCUAAACAGGGGCUGAUAUGUUGGGACUGCAGAAUUAUGAAACUGAAUAUGGCUGUCCUGGAUCAGCGAGACUUUCUGUUUAAAGAUUUGUUCCUGAUUUAAAUCGGUUUAAGGAUAUUUCUUAAUCCUUAUUACAUCCACUGUGAAAGUCCUGAGAGGGGUCACUUUUUAAAGGUGCUGUAUCUCAAUGUGACGGGAUAUAUAUUGGCCAGGUAUUCACAGGAAAUGCAUCAGCGAACAGGAAGCUGAUCCCUGAUAUGUUCUGACAGAAGAGUUUUGGGUGGAUUUUUCCUUUAAUGAAGGCUCAUGAUCAGUGUUGGCAUGGAACAGAGAUGCCUGAUAAACAAUGAGAGUGGGAGAGGAGAUAGAAGCCAGCAUAGACCCCCCCGACUGUUUGAGGGGGGUCACGGAGCAGCAGAACACCAGCAGGGCGGGAAUAGCGGGUGGAGCUGUGGGCCCUCAGUGUAAGGGACAUGAACAGGACUCCUCACUCAUACUGUAACUGUGCUGCAGUGUUUGCGGUCUGCACCUUAUGGAUCAUAAAGACCUUUAAUUGUGUUUGUUUGGAUUUUUUCUUUUUUUUAUAUAAUUGUAGCCCAGUAUAUCUACAAUAAAAGUUAUGGUAUGGUCAA